AAGUUUCAGUCUGGUAAGCGGAACUGUCUUCAUUCCGCCUUCAUAGCGGGUCGGGAAGGUUUUUGGGAGCACAGGAACCGCGCUCUCAGCGUAGCUUGCGGACAACAUGCCGAAGUUUUAUUGUGACUAUUGUGAUACAUACCUUACACAUGAUUCGCCUUCAGUGAGGAAGACUCACUGCAGUGGCCGAAAACACAAAGAAAAUGUGAAAGAUUACUACCAGAAAUGGAUGGAGGAGCAGGCGCAAAGCUUGAUUGAUAAAACAACGGCUGCUUUUCAGCAGGGAAAGAUCCCCCCCACACCGUUCCCUGGUGGUCCUCCUCCAGCAGGACCUCCACGGCCAGGCAUGCUACCAACACCACCAAUGGGAGGCCCUCCAAUGAUGCCUAUGAUGGGGCCUCCGCCUCAUGGGAUGAUGCCCGGUGGGCCUGGAGGCAUGAGGCCACCGAUGGGAGGACCCAUGCAGAUGAUGCCAGGACCUCCACACAUGAUGCGCCACCCUCGUCCCAUGAUGAUGCCCGUCAGGCCAGGCAUGGUGCGACCAGACAGAUAAAACCGAGAAGACUUUGCACUCUCAUUGUUGCCAUGAACAGAUACUGUCGAGGGAAGAUGCUUCAAUUUUUUUAUUUUUUUUUUCAGUGCAACUUUCACAUCUGUUCCAGCUGGAACAUAACCUUCACCUUACAAUUGUCAUUUCUAUUAAAAUUCUUAUUGUUUGGUA